AAGUAUUCGUGUAGCCAGCUGGUGGUAAUUGUAGCUGAAUGAGCAGAGCUCACUGUGGCAGUGAAAGACGGACGCCCUGAGACAGAGAAAUUCGCGGUGGAACUGUUUUCAAUUAAAACUAUUUAUGCCACGACGAGAGAAAUAGCUUACACUGACUGAAAGUAUAGGAAUAUAGUGGACUGGAGAAGCACACUCCUGGUCCUUUAAAAAAAAUUUAAUAAAAGUGUAAAUCCAAGCGACCCGAUAGCUUUCACACAAGGGCGUGUGUGGGUCUCGGGAGCACUGGGUCGCUUUUUAUCCCUUGCAUGUUGUUACUGUAUAUAUUUGAUAUUUUUGCAUCACUUGGGUCCGGAGGAUUUGCUUGAGGAUGGGGUGUACCCUGAGCACGGACGAUAAAGCGGCGGUGGAGCGCAGUAAAAUGAUCGACAGGAAUUUGCGGGACGACGGGGAGAAAGCCGCAAGAGAGGUCAAGCUACUGCUCCUCGGUGCUGGUGAGUCGGGGAAGAGCACAAUAGUCAAGCAGAUGAAGAUCAUCCACGAGGCAGGCUACUCGGAGGAGGAGUGUAAACAGUACAGGGCUGUGGUCUACAGCAACACCAUCCAGUCCAUCAUCGCUGUCAUCAGAGCCAUGGGACGACUCAAGAUCGACUUUGGAGACGCCGCCAGAGCCGAUGAUGCGAGACAGCUGUUUGUGCUGGCGGGGUCUGCAGAGGAAGGCUUCAUGACGGCGGAGCUGGCCGGGGUCAUCAAACGCCUGUGGAAAGACGGAGGGGUACAGGCCUGCUUCAGCCGCUCACGAGAGUACCAGCUCAACGACUCUGCAGCAUAUUACUUAAACGAUUUGGACAGGAUAUCCCAAGCCACCUAUAUCCCGACCCAGCAGGAUGUCCUGAGGACCAGAGUCAAAACCACAGGCAUUGUGGAGACACAUUUCACCUUCAAGGACCUCCACUUUAAGAUGUUUGAUGUUGGAGGUCAGAGGUCCGAGAGGAAGAAGUGGAUCCACUGCUUCGAGGGUGUCACUGCCAUCAUCUUCUGUGUGGCCCUCAGCGACUAUGACCUGGUGCUGGCUGAGGAUGAGGAGAUGAACCGGAUGCAUGAGAGCAUGAAGCUGUUUGACUCCAUCUGCAACAACAAGUGGUUCACAGACACCUCCAUCAUCCUCUUCCUUAACAAGAAAGACCUGUUUGAGGAGAAGAUCAAGAAGAGCCCUCUAACUAUCUGUUACCCAGAAUACGCAGGCUCCAACACUUACGAGGAAGCUGCGGCCUACAUCCAGUGUCAGUUUGAGGACCUGAACAAGAGGAAGGACACCAAGGAGAUCUACACCCACUUCACCUGCGCCACAGACACCAAGAACGUGCAGUUUGUCUUCGACGCCGUCACUGACGUCAUCAUCAAGAACAACCUGAAGGACUGUGGACUCUUCUAAGACCUGGAUUUAAUCGAUGGAAGUUUUCUGGCGGUGAAAAACCAGCAUAAUGUGCAUUUUCGGGGAGAAGAUCAGGAGAAUCUGAGUGGGGAGAAUCAAUUAUGGACCAUUGCUGUACUGUAUUCCACUUUUAAUGGAUUUAUUUAUGUUUUUAUCUUGGAACAUUUUGAAUUUGUGUUUAAACAUUUGUGUUUGAUGUUUGUCAUUGUAAAAUCAUUUUCACACUUUUCUUUUUUGGAAGAAGCUUGUUUUAUUUAGUUUGUUCCUUUUUUAUGCCCUCUGGAAAAGGAAGCUUGUUUUAUUUAGUUUGGAAAAGGAAGCUUGUUUUAUUUAGUUUGUUCCUUUUUUAUGCCCUCUGGAAAAGGAAGCUUGUUUUAUUUAGUUUGUUCCUUUUUUAUGCCCUCUGGAAAAGGAAGCUUGUUUUAUUUAGUUUGUUCCUUUUUUAUGCCCUCUGGAAAAGGAAGCUUGUUUUAUUUAGUUUGUUCCUUUUUUAUGCCCUCUGGAAAAGGAAGCUUGUUUUAUUUAGUUUGUUCCUUUUUUAUGCCCUCUGGAAAAGGAAGCUUGUUUUAUUUAGUUUGUUCCUUUUUUAUGCCCUCUGGAAAAGGAAGCUUGUUUUAUUUAGUUUGUUCCUUUUUUAUGCCCUCUGGAAAAGGAAGCUUGUUUUAUUUAGUUUGUUCCUUUUUUAUGCCCUCUGGAAAAGGAAGCUUGUUUUAUUUAGUUUGUUCCUUUUUUAUGCCCUCUGGAAAAGGAAGCUUGCCUUUUGGUGGAAAUAUUCCUUUUCUCCCUCCCCAAUUGUUAGGGGAAAGGGAUUUGAUUUGAGCUCAGUUUGUUGGUACUGUGCCUUUGCAUGUCCUUUUCUCUGCGGUCACUGACCAAUUUGCUAUUUUUUUGCCUGCUAAAAUUGUUCCAACAUAAAAGGUGAAACGUUUCCUGAGGGAUAUUAACAAUCUUUUGUGCACAUUCCCAACCAAUUUAGUGGCGGAAUUCCCCGUGGUCCAAAUGUGUGUUUGUGUGUGUCUCGAUGGUGACCAACGCAGCCCCGCCCACAGGCUGUCCCAUACUGACAAAGGGAUGUGGUUUUUAACAGUACACCAUAUCAAAUAUGUAUCCAAUAUGAACCCUAGCUAGGUCAAGGAGCUUACGUUAUGCUGUGGAAUUUCAGAUCAGCUAAACCGGAGUAAUAUUUUACUAUAUAUUUUAAGAUUUAUUUAAGGAGAUUUCGGGGACUUGGUCUCUGCGAUCACUGCAGAAUCACAAUUGUAAAGCAAAGUAAAAAUGAAUGGGGAACAAACACAUGGUUAUGGUCUUUAACCAGCCACAGCUGUCUGUGUGUUCUCCAACAGACGGGGAGCCUUUGUACACUUAUUCCCUUAUUUUGCUAAUAAAACCCUUUACAAACCA